GGUAGUAUGAACGAGGCCGUGUUAUUAUCCAAUAACAAGCCCCAAAUAAGGCAAAUUGAGCGAGCCAGCCCAACAUUCCAUGGAUCCUAACAUGCGAUGCCCCUGGCAGAAACAUUCUCAAGAACGUGGCAUGUUCCUCCAACUAAUCGACCCCUUCCCCGUUUCAUCAUCUCUCCAUCUUCCGCAUGCGCGUUAUAAAUUCAAAUCUUGAUCGUAUGGAGGGCACAGGAGGAGGAAGAAGAAGAAGGAAGGAAGGGAGAGAUCGUGUCAAUUAGCUAGCCAUGGCGUCGUCGUUGCCGUCUUCUUCUUGUUGGCAUUCCGUGCUGCUGGUGGCCAUGUUGCUGGUGGUGGUCAUGGAUCAGAUGGCCAUGGCGUACAUGUACGAUGACAUCGAGAUCGUGUGGGGCGACGACCACAGCUUCUUCUACAUGGACGACGCCGGCGACGACGAGAUCCUCGCGCUCUGCCUCGACCAGACCCACGGCUCGGGGUUCCACUCCAAGGAGGCGUUCCUCUACGCCCGCUUCGACGUCGACCUCAUGCUCGUCCCCGACAACUCCGCCGGCACGGUCACCACGCUCUACCUGAUGCCGGAGGACGUGCCGUGGGACUACCACGACGAGGUGGACCUGGAGUUCCUGGGCAACGUGACCGGCGAGCCCUACACGCUCCACACCAACAUCUUCGCCAACGGCGUGGGCAACCGCGAGGAGCAGUUCCGCCUCUGGUUCGACCCCGCCGCCGACUUCCACACCUACUCCAUCGACUGGAACCCCAAGCGCAUCACGAUCCUGGUGGACGGCGUGCCGAUCCGGAGCUUCAGGAACAAGGAGGAGCACGGGGUGGCGUUCCCGACGUGGCAGAAGAUGCGGCUGCACGGGAGCCUCUGGAACGCCGACGACUGGGCGACGCAGGGCGGCCGCGUCAAGACGGACUGGUCGGAGGCGCCCUUCUUCGCGCACUACCGCAACCUCCGCGUGUCCUGGUGCCGGCCGUCGCCGGGGGUGGCGUGGUGCGGCGACGAGCCGCCGGGGUCGACGUGGUUCGACCGGGGCCUGGACGCGGCGGCGCUGCGGCGGGCGCGCGACGCGCACAUGAUCUACGACUACUGCAAGGACGUCCAGCGGUACAGGUGGUCGGGGCUCCCCAAGGAAUGCACCGUGGAGUAGUUGCAUGAUUUUUCUUGUAGGUUUAUGCCUCUGCUCUGUAGUCUGUACAUUACUUUGUUUGUUUGCUCUGGUCUAGAUUAAGAACUAGCUGGACAUGUUUUUUAAUCUUUAUUUACAAGUUUCAUUGCAGAAUAUAUUUAUCUAUAGAAAUGAGAAAUACAUAAGUGUCACAAAGGUUGGCCUUCUGAGUUGGUCUUGAGGUAGUGACAGCAAGUAACCCAGACGAUCAGCAAUUUUACUGAUCCCUCUUAAGCUGGUUGCUAAGUGAAAACAAAUGAAUGAUCCUGGUGUAAAUAUGAGUACUGCUUGUUGUGAACAAGGUCUUGUACAAUUAACUUAAAAAAGAUCACAAUGUAGUGAAAUUGGAUUUUCUCUGAAUCACAGAAGUUGUAUCCGAUGACCCGCGGUAAGAGAAAACCUAUAUUAAGCUCAUUCCAAAGAUAAUACGCACUUAGUAAGUUAGUAGUUUUGAUGUGAUUUGACAUGAAAGAGAACAUAUAUAUCCAAUAGAACACUAAGCACUAAACUUCAA